UUGAUACGAUUGGAUUUGGAAGUAAAUGCGCGGGAAUGAACAUUUCGUUCGGUACUUGAAAUUUGUGUCUUUGUCGACGAAGGGAUAUGGUUUGAAAAAGGAAAAGCAUGCAGGCUUUUCUAAAAACAGGAAAAUUGGGACCCGGAGAACCUAAAAAGCCUUCAAGUUCACGUGUAAAGGAAGAACGUAGCGGUCCUGCACCGCCAUGGGUAGAGAAAUACCGUCCGAAAACCGUGGAAGAUGUUGUCGAACAAGGAGAAGUAGUCGAAGUAUUAAGACAAUGUUUAAAGGGCAAUGACUUUCCAAAUUUGUUAUUUUAUGGUCCACCAGGAACUGGAAAAACAAGUACUAUAUUGGCAGCAGCCAGACAACUGUUUGGUAGCCUCUACAAAGAGAGGAUAUUAGAAUUAAAUGCCUCGGAUGAAAGAGGUAUUCAAGUUGUGAGAGAUAAAAUCAAAUCAUUUGCUCAACUUACAGCAGGUGGCAUGAGAGACGAUGGGAAAAGCUGUCCGCCAUUCAAAAUUAUUAUCUUGGACGAAGCGGAUAGCAUGACGAACGCGGCGCAAACAGCUCUUCGUCGUACUAUGGAAAAGGAGUCUCACAGUACUCGCUUUUGUUUAAUUUGCAAUUACGUGUCAAGAAUUAUAGAACCGCUAACAUCGCGCUGUACAAAAUUUAGGUUCAAACCAUUGGGAGAAGACAAAAUCGUCGAUAGAUUAGAGCAUAUAUGCAAGCUAGAAGAUUUAAAAGCAGAAAAGCCUGUUCUAUUGAAAAUUGUCGAUGCCUCUGGCGGAGAUUUAAGACGUGCUAUAACAUGUUUACAAUCUAUUACAAGGUUAAAGGGACAUGGCAUCGAGAUCACGGUGAACGACGUUCUUGAAAUAAUAGGUAUUGUUCCAGAUAAAUGGUUGGAUGAAUUAUUGGAAGUGUGCAAGACGAAAGACUACGGUAAAGCUGAAACUUUUAUCGAUCAAUUUAUGUUGGAAGCGUACGCUACGUCUCAAGUUAUAGAACAACUUAGCGAAAAAAUUAUAUAUUCCAACGAAUUAUCGGACAAGCAAAAAGCAUUGAUCGCAGAAAAGCUUGGGGAAUGCAACUAUAGAUUGUUAGAUGGCGGAAGUGAAUACAUACAACUCGUAAAUCUUUGUUGCGGGAUAAUAAAAGCUUACGAGAUAGUCUAAGUAUUUAUAGUAUUUAACUGUAUAACAAUAAUUAGUGCAAGGAUAUUACGAAUUUUACAUUCCCUGUAUAAGUCCAGUUCCCCUAGUAUUUGUGACAUAGCGUAAUUAAUUUAACCCCUUUGGAUCCGAUGAUGAUACAUGUGUUUCGUAUGUCCGUAUAUAAACAUACAUACUUGUAAUAUUUA